AUGAUACAGAUUAAACAUCAUACUUUUGACGAAAAGGAAGAAUCAAGACCACCUUACGUCAGGGGAUGGUUUAUUGAUCUGAAUUGUACAAAAAAUAUGAAUUUUUUCAGAACGAUAAAUGGUCUUGAAGGUAUAUGGCUUGGAUAUCCUGUGAAGUCUCUGAAUAUGAACCUGACAAAAAUUCGGUUGGACAGCGAUGUUGUAGUAGGUACCGAAGAUGGCUUGCUGUGGGAUUUAUACAAUAAUACAAAGCGGCAGUUGAAAGUUUCUUCCGCUGGUACCUGGAUACCUCCCAAGAUUUCCAUGCCAAACAGCAAGCACCGAUAUGACUUGAACGGAACAGUUCUCAAAGGUGUUUUACUGGAGUUAGAACUGCAGUUUUUUAAGAAUAAUAUGACAGAGAAAAUUGGUGAUUACAGCUAUUAUCCCGAAUGGGAAACAUCAGAAAGACUCGCUUAUGUUUAUAUUCAGAACCUGGCUAGUUUUUACAAUUUUGAAAUUGAAAUAGUUCCAUCAGAGACCUGGGGUUAUGUUUUGCCGAAUGGAUCAUUUGGAGGAAUGGUUGGAGUUAUUGAAAGAGGAAAAGCAGAUUUUGGUCUAACAGCGUGUGCAAUGAGAGAGGAUCGUAUGCGUGCUGUGAACUUUGUUCCUCAGUUACAAGAUUUAAGAUUUAUAUGCUUAUUUAUGGAAGAAAGGAUCAGAGGAACAUACAGUGCUCUAAUAUUACCCUUUUCUUUCAAUGUAUGGCUUUGUAUAUUUGCUGCGAUUGUCGCUGGGGCAGCAAUAUUCUCACUAGUACAGAAUAGAGAUGUGACUGAAGGCAUAAUUUUUGUAACUGCAAUUCUGUCACAACAAGGAUUACUUCAUGAUCAUAACAGAAUGUCUGCCAGAGUCUACAGUAUAUCUUUAUUAUUCCUCGGCUUAGUUCUGUAUUCUUACUACAGCGCAGCGAUAAUGAAUGGGCUCCUAUCUCCGGUCCCGCCAUCUAUACACAACGAACUUGAACUACAACAGAGUACAAUGAAAGCCAGCAUUGCUAAAGUGCCUUACUUAAUGGCGACUUUUAGUCAAAAAGCCUACCUGACCGCUGGAAUGUUCGCUAAGACAAGAGAACAUGAAGAAACAAUGAUGGACCCCUUUAUCGGCCUCGACAGAGUCCGCAAGGAGAGGUUCAUACUUAUUUCAGAUGAUUUAGCGCUAUAUGGGAUUCUCAAGGUAGCAUACACUGAUCUCGAGAAAUGCAAUGUUAGGGAAAUUGAGACUAUGAGACCAUUUCCACUAUCGAAUCCGAUUCGAAAAGACUCACCAUUCAGAGAAAUGAUUGCUCAAGGGAUGUUACGACUACAAGAAAAUGGUAUGGGUAAACGAGACAGGAUGGUUUGGUAUCCUCCACGACCACAUUGCUUUGCAUCGACCAUAUACACUCAUGUUACACUGGAAGCAGUUGGCUUGGCUUUUACAUUAUAUGUCUUAGGGAUUGUACUCAGUUUUACGAUACUCCUUUCAGAAGUAGUGAUGAAGAGGUUCAAAAAAUUUCAAAAGAUCGAUCCUGACUCAGAAUUUCAAGGAUACUAUUAG